CGACCCGGAAGUUGCUCCUCUAAAUGUCAACAGGAAGUUUGUCACUCAUGAGUCACCGUCGUGUGUAGGAGCCGCAGGACGUGAGACAGGCCAGAGUAAUGGAGACAUAAAUGCAAAGUACAAACUGGGAACGCCACUGACCAAUGGAAGGGGCUGCUAAAUAUGACACACAGGACUUGAAUGAUAUUAGCAAAUCAUGGAUGUCAGUUGCUGCUGGGAAUCGUUGUCAAGUAAAGCAAAGAAUAUUGAAGGAAGGAAAUGGAGCAGAGAGAGCAAAGGUGGGAUCAGUGUGCAAAAUAAUUAUUCAGUCAGAAAAUUCAGAAGAGGACACCCAUGAGUUUCUUCUCCCUUAUCCUAUAAAUCAAGUAACAGAAGUUAAAAUUGGAGAAGGAGAAUGUGAUGUCAUUGAAGGCUGUCUUGAAGGAAUGUCACUUGGAGAGAAAUGUGAGUUGCUAGUGAGACCCUUACCUACUCAUACAGCUGCACAGAGUUUAUCACCACCAUAUGACACACAUGAAUACAAGUAUACUGUUCAGAUGGAAUGCUUCACCUGUGGCAAGGAAUCCUGGGAAAUGACAUUUGAAGAAAAAUGGGAAACAGCUCUACAUCACAAAGAGAAAGGUGGAGAGCGGUUUCAAGCAGGUGAUAUCUGGGGAGCAGCAGAUAGGUAUGCUCGUGCCAUGCGACUUCUUGUGACCAUGCAGUGCCUACUCCCACCUACAGAAGCUUCAGAGUACCAGCAAAUUAAAGCUAUGCUCCAUGCCAACCUAGCAGCUUGCCAGCUAAAACUGGGGCAGCCCCACAAUGCUCUUGAAAGUGCUACCCGAGCUCUCAAAUUGGACUCCAGUCUCGUGAAGGGAUUGUACCGAAGAGCAAUGGCUUAUAUGUCACUAGGGGAGUUUGAUCAGGCACGUGUGGACCUCAAAAAAUUACUUGAAUUAGAACCAGGUUCCAGAUCUGCCGUCCAGGCUCUGAAGGACUUGGAUGCAAAAGUAAAAAGUGAAAAUGCCCAACUUGCCAGGGCCAUGAGCAAGCUGUUUACCUGAAAAGAUCUACUAAAACUAUACUCCAUUGAACCACUAGAGUCUUCUUCCAGAUGGGGCCCAGAGCCUUAGUGUGAUCAGCUUGACCACUUAGAAUGGCUGAUUGUAAAUAGCAGUGUGUGGUUAGAGGCGAAUCUUUGUUUGGAAGGUGUGUUUCUGUUUUUACAUGCAGUCUGGGGAUGUUAAUGAUUGUUAAUAUGUUUAAAGAGCUGUUGAGAUGUUAAUUUAAAACAACAAAACUUAUCACACAUCUUUUGCUGUAAUUAUUUGGUUGUGUAAUAGCAGCAUUAAAAGUUAUAUUUUUAAUUUUAUCGAUAUAUAACACUAGUCACUGUACCCUGCUUGGGGUGCUCUUGGUUAUAUUACAAGGAGGAGAAGAUGUAAGAAGACCUAUUAACUAUACACUGAGCAAAAAAAAAUAACAACCGUGAAUCGUUAUCUUGCUGUGCUGAAUUGUUGACUGUUGUUAUAAAUAAAAUACAUUUUCCCUCUUG